AUGGUCAUCGUCACCCUCGCCGCCUUCUUCCUUCCGGACCCCCCGCCUGCUCUCGAAGAGGACCGCUCCGAGUACACGUUCUGCGAGGUCUGCAUGAAGGAAGCACCCUACUCCUGCUCCGCCUGCAAGACUGCUCGCUAUUGUUCGACGCGCUGCCGAGACGCCAACUGGCGGACCCACCAGCGCUCGUGCGGCAUUCAGCAGAAGUUGAACGAAAUGACCACCCGCAUUGCUCUUACCCCUCCCAAACGACCACCUGUUGGCCAGUGCACCGGGUGUGGUGUCAAAGUGCGCUGCUUGGCCAUGUGCAAGGAUUGCGGGUAUCAGGCAUGCGACUCAUGCGAGUCGCACCACUCGCGAGGUACAUGCUACUGCCCCAACUCCAAUUUCGGCAAGAAGUAUUGUCUGAUGGAGCCGCGCUGGUACCAUACGAAUGGUCGAGGCCGCGACUACACUGGUGACCGCCAUCCGGAGACCCAUGGUCAGCCAUACGUCAACAAGGUGUACGAGCUACACGAACGCGCCUGCGACAACUGCGGCACGGUCGCAAGAUUAUUCACGAAGGAAUACCGCGACCCGUGGAUGUGGACCAAUUGA